UCACGGUGCGUGUUUUCGUUGUCAAAACAUGGACGCGACUCAGAUAAUCGAUUUCCAUAUGUUUGCGUUAGCAUCAUGACAGGCAGCAUCAGCCGCUGGAGACGGUGAAGGGAAACUUCACCGAGAGUUGUUCGCCGGAAGUUAAAAAUACGGUCGUUUGUUCUUACCGAGUAAGAGAAAAAAGGGUUAAAGACUUAUUUUUCCCACCGAGGAAGCGCUCCUUUUGUCUCCUACGGCUGUGCCGUUUAGUUUUUUUUCGGUGUCACCAUGGACAUGUACGGGUAUAGCGGGGCCAUGCUGGUGAAAAGAUUCUCGGAUAAAUCCCCGUUUGAAGUGACAAACAUGUCCGACAUUAGUAAGGCGAAUCCCCACGGCUGCGACAACGGAGCUCUGACGGACAGGUUCGGCGUCCUGAUACAGGGACUGCUGGCUAUCGUGGCUUUCAGCACUCUAAUGUUGAAGAGGUUCCGGGAGCCUGUAGGGAUCAGACGACCAUGGCGGAUCUGGUUUUUUGAUACGUCCAAACAAGCCAUAGGUGCUCUCUUCAUCCACUUUGCCAAUGUCUUCCUGUCCACUCUCACCAAAGAGGACCCCUGCUCUCUUUAUCUGAUGAACUUCCUGCUGGAUGCCACUCUGGGAAUGUUGGUCAUCUGGCUGGCUGUCAAGUUGGUGUCCAAGUUGGUGGAGUACAAGCAGUGGACUCUGCUCAUAUUUGGAGAAUAUGGUGACCCUCCCCAGGCAGCAGCAUGGCUGGGCCAGUGUGGCGUCUACAUGCUCAUUAUGGUGCUAGAGAAAGGUGUCAUCAGCCUGGUGCUGCUUGUCCCCGGAUGGUCCAAAUUACAGGAGGUGUUGCUGAGCUACAUAGCUAACCCUCAGCUGGAGCUGGCCCUCGUCAUGCUUAUCGUGCCCUUCAUAGUCAACUCUAUCAUGUUCUGGGUGGUGGACAGCUUGAUGAUGAGGAAGUAUAAGACAAUGAAGAGCCUGGACGACUCGUCCGACAGCUCGGUGAAGAAGCCCGAAUCUCUGCCGUGGGUGGACAGUGAGGAGUCAAGGGUCCUGCUGUCAGCUGAGACAGACACAGAGGAGGCUUCAGAGGGGGAGGAGGAGCCGGCGGAGGAUGAACCGGUCCCCUAUGUGCAGUACUCAGGUGGACCACUGAGACCAAGCUGGGUGGCGGUGUAAACCCAGGUGACGUGUCCUCGAUUAUCGACUGUCCCCACACACAACACAUAACAGCAUAAAUAAGAAAAACAAACUUCCAUCCACGUCUUCUCAGACUGUCGUCAGUCUUAAUAUCAGCUUCUUUGCAAGCAAAGGCACAAUUUAAGGUCGUAUAACCUGUGAAUGUGAAUACCUUUAGCUGCCUUCUUCCGCAUCGAAGGUUAGAACACUUAGAACUGGAGGUCGACUCAGUAUAUGCAUGCACUGUGCAGCGUUUUGGGAAUUAGAAAGUCUUUAUCCUCUCACCUUGCUGCCUCCGUUUACUGCAAGAGAACAUCAGAGAAACCACAGCUGAACACGCCAAGUGUGUGGGGAGAGAUCAUUAAGGAGCGCGGUGCCCCCAGGGCAAAAUCUACGGGUGGUAAUGACAAAGACUAAAAUUAAUCUGUCUUCUCUCAACUCCAGGGACUUUUGGAAAUGUUGUUUCUCUAAAGAGAGUCAUUUAUCGAGUGUCAUAUUCCAAAGAGGAGAAAGAAAGUAUACACUAUAUAUAUAAAAGUGCUCUCUAAGGUUAUACUCAAAUAUAAUCACUUUGAAUCCACCUUUUUAUUUAAGGUGUAAUUAUAGUCAUUCCUGCACGUUCUCCCUCCGGCUGUUUACUUUAAGGUAAAAGGGCGAUCAGUGGGAUUUUUUUGUUUUUUCUUGUUUUUCUGUUGAACCGCACACGUCAGUACUUUGGCUGCUGCACUUUCAACAUGUGGAUAAUGUGGCUGAUGAAAUACACCACCAACACCUCUUAAGCUUGAUUUAUACUCCUGCGUUUAAUCUAUGGACAACCUUGCUCUGACAUUGCACCACCGAAACAGCAGCCGUCAUUGUGUUGCUUUCCUUCCAUAGACUGUAUAUAAAAGAUGUUGUCUGUUUUACUCUAAAUGAGGCCAUCGUUUAAAAAAAUGAACAUGAUGUAUAUUAAAUAAAAGUAUACCACUGAACUAGCAAUUUAACAUCAGAGCUAGCUGUUGCAUCCUAAUCCUAAACUACAUAAAAGACAGAUGUAGCCACUGUUUUAAAGCCUCACGUUUGGCCAUUUUGAAACUGGUUUUGACCUUAUUUGGAUGAAUACUCUUCAGAUUAUCUUUUACUACAUUAAAGGCUACACAAGUGAUUUAGUAAAAGUAUACAUACACUUACACUUCCCCCUCUUUGUCUUUAUAUAUAAAGAGAAUGAAUACCAUGCUGUAGUGAAGCAUGCUUUAAAUUAGCAAUUGAGACCCAUUAGAAAUAUCUUUACAGAGUUCACAGGUCAAGUAAGUCACACAGGCUGGUGAAUGUGCACUCCCUGACACUUUGGUGAGUGGUUACUGGAAGUUGCGGAAGUCUGUUUGAUAAGAGAUUGCUGCAGUCGCCUUUAGUUUGCAUGGAAGACACUGUUUUGUCUACAAACACUUGCUAAGCACAGCCUUUUACUGUAAUUUUUUUUUUUUUACCUUAAGACUGAAUCCAACAUGUUUGAAAAGGAUUAACUUUCAAUUUGAAGGUAAAUGUUCUGUGUUUCCGGUUUACUUUCACAUCUCUUUACAGACGAGUUGACAUCUUACACACAAACUUUAGGCAACCACAGCAAUCUGCUAGUAAUCAAAGCCAUCACAAGGAGCUUUUCAGUGACAGCAAGCAGCUGCUCGUCAACUGAUUGAGGAAUCAUACUUCCGUAGCCAGCAGCCUUCCAGCAACUAUUAGUACCUGAUCUAGGAGUACUUAUUUUUCCCUGACAACCAGUGACUGCGAGUCAGGCUCCAGGUACUAAGUCAGUAUCCCUCAGGCUGAAGAAGUUGGAUCAUUUUUCCUCAUAGACUUCUAUACAACAUGGCUCCUUUUGACAACUUUAACAGUUGCCUCCUGCUGGCCAUUAGCGAGAAUGCAGGCUCAAAGUGCUUCUGCACUGGCUUCACUUUUCACACCUGAAGGCUACACCCAUCUUUUAUAAACAGUCUGUUUUUUUU